AUGGUGGGUGUAAGCGCCAAAGCUGGUACCUUACUGGUUUACAGCUGUGCCUCAUCAAUGCCUCAAUCUACGCGUGUUCCUCCUCUAUUAUCGUGCGCCCCCACCUCGUUUUGCUUCGAGGGGAUCCUACGGUGGGGAACUUACUUAGACACAAAACAAAUGAUCCACACCUGCUACGGGCCAACAACAGGUGAUGAGUUGGAAAACGACAGGUGA